CGUGCCGGCUUCUUUUCUGCCUCUGCUCUGUUGCACCUUCGUUUUUCGAAAAAUCAUUCUGCCUUUCAUGUUCACUGAAACCUAGCCUUUGGAAAACGUGAAAAGUGUCUCGUUUACGAUCGAACUAAAACCAUCCCAAAGGAGCAUUUAUUAAAAAUCAAUUAUUUCUACCACCAUUGAAUCUCAGUGCUGCAAUCGAGAAAUUUGCGAUACUUGGAUUUUGAACUGUCGUCGAAAUUUUUACGACCGAAUCGUUUAUACGAACAACAAGUGCUUCUUUUUGUCAGUGAAAGAAUUUUACAUGUGAAACUUUUACACACUUUGUUCGUGGUUGUACGACGAGUUACGUGAAUUUUAAUAUUUUGAAAAUAGAACAAUUUUUUGAAGAGCUUUUGCGUCUCUGCCACUGAAGGAACUUUGGACAUAUGAUAGACUGCAUAAUUAAUAUUUUUUCUAAGAAGAUAAAGAACAUUAUAAAGUGAAAAAAUUAUUGAAGUAACAGUGAAGAUGAUCGAUGUAAUGAUAUUAAAAGAGCCUGAAAUAAUUAACUUUUUAAUAAUUUGAAAAAUUGUAACAUGGACGUUUUGAUGAAUUCUUAUACUCAACUGAACUUUGUCAGUUGUUGAGAUUGAUAAAUAAGGUGAUCGAGUUUGUUGAUGGAAAUGAGUUCUUUUAAUGAUACCAGAGUGAUAGUACUCGUGGAUUGAGCUGUUCUUCGAAUGAUAUAAAGGACCGAUCGAUUUCAUUCAGAGACAAUCAACGUCUUACGACUCUUUAUGAUAUUUGAUAAAUUAAGAGCGUCUUGGAAACGAGGCUUCGUUUUUUGAAAAGGUGAGGACGGAAAUGUGUGAAGCUGAUUGGAAAGUGAUUUAUUUUCAAUACGAUCAAUUCCAGAAGGGAACAUGAUUAUGACACAUACAGAAGAAGCAUCGACGACUUUCGAGUCGAAGACACCGACGGGCCAGAUGAAUGGACACUCAAUGGCAAACACCGAGAGUCGGGAGUCGGAAGAACAGGGUAGCAGCACGACCUCGCCCUCGGAGGGCAGGCACGCCGACGGGACAUCCGGCUCGUCCGUCCUUGUGAUGGGCAGCACGGACUCGGCGGGCAGCGCCCACAGCGGCGGCCCUUCCUGUGGCCUGGUCAGCUCCCUCUUCCCGAGCAGUUGCCGUGGACGCGCGGAAGCCUUCGCGAGACGUCUUCAUCGACGAUUGACGUCUCUCGGCAGUGAGGAUGUUUCCCAGCGAAACAAAGAUCCUACCAAUCCAAAGGAGACCUCCUGGUUACGCUCAUCCUCGACAACAAAGCCGAUGGUGAACAAUGCUUCGACCAAUCACGUCCUACAACACCAGCCGCGUCACAAUCCUGACACAGAGCUGUGUUACGACUUCGAUCUGGAUUUCGAAGAUGGCCUCAGUUCGCCCGCCGAAGAGGCGACUGCAGCGGAGAUGGCGGACCUGGUCGUGAAUCCCGAAGUACUGAAAAAUCAUCGCGAUCUACGUCACGGUUCGCCAAACGGCUCGAAAACUAUGUAUUCGAGCUUGGAUUCCGAGUCUGGCUACGUGUACGCGUCACCUCUGAUGGAAAGAUCACCGGACAGUGACUCGUCGGAUAUAUACUUCGAUCCAGAGUCAUCGGACGUGGAGAAAGCGAAGAACGAGGUGUACUUUGACCCCGUAACCACGUCCGACAGCGAAAUGACUACCUCGAAUCUUUCCAACGGCUGCGAGCCGACGAAGAUGAAGAACGUGUCGUAUCGCAGGAGGCAAGAGACGAAGAUGGAACAGUCGGAGGACACGUCGGAAUCCACUUCCUCGAUUCCAAGGAACAGUUUCAGCAACGAGGAAUCACAGAACAACGAACUGAUAUGUAAUUCGAAGGACUCGAACGAGAGGAGCUCUUUGGAGACCACCUCGCUCAGUCACGAAUCACUUUGGAGUACCUUCGACGAAAGCACGAUGUCUCUUCAGGACGAAAGUCCCUCCAGAAUCAGUUCCGGGCUAACCGCCUUUCCGAAUCGACUUCCCAAGUCACAUUCCGAUUCUGAGAUUCCUACCCACGGACCUAUGCUAGUGAUUUCUUGCGAAUUGGACAGAAGGGACAAGGUCGACCAAGGUGUCGACGAGGUUGAUUUCGUGAACGGGCUGUCAGAAAAUGGCAAGUUGGAGAAUAUAAAGAACGUAAGGAACCUGGAAAUGAAAGAAGAAUCCACGGAUUCUUCGGAGAACACCACCGAAGAAGAACUUCCUUAUGACGAGGAGAAACCCAGCGUCUCGUUGGUGCAGCAGAACAACCUUAGUUUGAAAGUGGAAGAAAACGCUGUCGAGACGGGGAAUGGUUCGACGUAUAGCAGUAUGAUCAGUAUUCCUGGUGCUCUAACUCUGGAGUAUCCCACGGGAGAAAGAGUGAUAGAGGCAACGGUGAAGAACGAGGUACAGUUACAAAUCGAGAACGGCUCUGUGGCGAACAGCAGCGACGAGGACAAGAUGUGUCUGCUGUUGAAGAAGCUGACGACCGACUCAACGGCGGAUGACGUCCAGGAGGCUACUCAAGAACCUCAAGGAAACAUCGAGGAAGAGGAGGAAGAGGAAGGUGAGAGACCGCAGAAGAUCAGACGGUCUUCGUCCCUGAAAACGGGAAAGACACCGCCUGGAACACCUGGAAGGAAGAAGAUCGUCAGAUUCGCGGAUGUCCUUGGUCUGGACUUGGCUGACGUGCGAACCUUCCUCGACGAGAUCCCGAAGAUUCCCAACUCAGCCUACAGUGACCUGAUCUACGACGACAUCUUCCAGAAGGACAGCAGUCCAGUGACCAGUAUACCAAACAUUUGGGGAGACAGGUACACGGAUAGCAGACGAGGGUCCACCUACUCGCUGCCGUCUCGCAAACUGGACAGAACUUUGAUGCCUUUGUUCCAGCAACCUGGCGGUUUGCCUAACUUUCUCGAGUUGGUCCGCGAGCGUCGGGUAUGCCUGGAGAACGUGCUCGUCCAAGAUCCUAUCUCCAUGUGCAUCCAGGGCACAGUGCGCGUGAUCAAUUUGGACUUUCACAAAUCGGUGCACAUCAGAUACACGUUGAACUCUUGGAGGAAUUUCAGCGAUCUACAAGCGAUAUACGUGCCGAACUCGUGCGACGGUUUCAGCGACAAAUUCUCGUUCGUCCUGUAUUGUCACACGUUGCCGGUCGGUCAGAGACUGGAGUUUGCGGUACGGUUCCAAUGCAAAGGUGAACAGUACUGGGAUAACAAUGCCGGGGCCAAUUACUGCUUCCAAUGUUUGCCAGCCUCCUCUGCUAUCGAUUACAUACCGAUCACCGCGCAAGAGAAUCAACACCACGAAUGGUCACCGAUGUUCUACUGAUGGACGUGCAGGCCGUUGAUGUUUGCGCGGGCUGCCAUGUUUCGCGGAGGCGAAGCGGUCUAAAGUGAAGCCGAAUAAGGCUAACAAGCGACAUAGAGAGAGAGAGCCUAAGGAUGAAUAAACGUUCCUAAAGUGUACCCUACUGUUGUACAUAACUGUUCUGAAGGAGCCGGUGGAGGAACGGGAGGUGGGAAUCGGAAAGCAGGGACAGCACUGGCGUCAAUUAUUCUUUCCUGCCAUUUCCCGACCAGCCUUUAAGUGGACUGGAAGAACUUGACGCACCUGUUAGACUGACAUUUUUUUUACACGUUUGUUGUUCCUUGUUUGCGCUCGAAUAUACAGGGUGUCCUAAAAAGAUCCUGGAAUUCAUGAGUCCUUCGUGGCAAAGCGAAUCGAAAUAUCCUUUAACAAUUUGCAGUCUGUGUUUUCAAGGUGUGAACAAUAGAAAAUUUGCUGCUCCAGAGCACAGAGUACUGCCAGAUAGGAAGAAAUCAAUUCUCAAAGCACAACAAAUUUUUAUUGUUCAAUAGUGCUUGUCAUUCUAUGUGCGUAUAAACGAAGCCACAGACUGUAAAAUGAUAAAGGAUUUUUUUUUUAAUUUGCUUUUCUCCACUGAGGUUGUUUUUGGGACAUUCUGUGGGUUAUUAAUAAACGCCUCGAUGCAUGAGCGGCAGACAGCUGGCUGAGGAGUAAGACGCUUCUGAUAUGCUUGUUCUUCGAGAUGAAAAUGAAGUCUGGUAUUUGAAGUGUCUUUGAAGAACCGAAGAAAGAUUGAACAGGAAUCAUUCUAAGAAGAGCAUGGAGAUUAUUUUCACGUUCCUAGAAAGUACCUAAUUGUACAGACUUCGCGACGCAACUGAGCCUAAUACGUCUGUAAGACUUACCAAUGAUGGUACAAGGUCUUGAGACGGAAGUCGAGGAACUCUGUCGUUUCGACAGGGUUGUAAUUAUGAAAAAUUUCUAUUUUAUGGAUUGAAAUGUCUGUUAAGACGCUUUUAGGAUGGUACUGCUUUUCGAGGAGGCAAAAUUGAAGGCUCACUUUAUUUUAUCUUUCUUCUUAAUUUUAACGAUAUUUUACUUUUAAUUUUAACGAUAUCUUGUACAAAUACUCCUGAAAUAACUCGAUAAGGUUGAAAACAUAUCUUUUUAGCAAGCUCAGCCACGACCAAUCUGAUCUUCUUUACAAAAGCCAUAUUUUUUUAGAAUCUACUUUUACUUAUAGACAUUUGGUUUCGAAGUUUCCUCUUCAUCAAUCAAAACGUUCAAUUUGUGCCAAUUUGAUUCAGUGCCAUUAUACGAAUUCAUCGAGAAAAAUAUUUUUAUGAACAGUCGCGUAAUUAGGCAGGGGCCAAGAUGGACCUGGGCCCCAUAGAAAUGUGGAUUGUUCCUUCCCAAAAAAUUUGAAGAUACUAAAAUUCUAGAAUUCUAAAAUUUCACGAUAUAUGAAUACCCGAAUUUCAGAGUUUCAAUUCCCAAAAUUAAAAAAUUUUAGAAUUUUAGAAUUUUAGAGUUGCAAAAUUUCAAAAAUCCUAAGGAACCAGGCCCACCCUAGAAGAAGGUCCAAUUUACGUCACUGCUUCUGAAUCACUUCGAAACACAUAUAUCAUAUACACAGAUUCUUAAAUGUGAUAAUUUAUAAUCAUGAGAUAUCGUACUGCCCUUCGGCGUGUUUUAUUCUUUUAUUAUAUUAUUUCAAAAAUUCUAAUUCUUUAUCAGAGAUUUAGCAAUUUUAUUCGCGUAUGAAACUACAUAUAUACUCGAUGUACAAAACGUUGGGGCACCAAAAAUGCGACGAAAUUUUCCCGCAAGAGUAAUGUAAUAAUAGUCCUUUAGAUUUAGAUGAUUUUACACUCGUGUACAUAGAAUCUGUUUUUCUCUUUUUUUUUUUAUUUCGACGUUAACUAGCUUUAUAAGAUAAUCGAUUUGAUUAAAAGGUUUAUUGUUUUUGUUGAUUAUAAAAAGAUAAUGAAAUACACGAAGGUACAUUUUCGUUUUUUAAUUUCAUUCGAAGAACUGUGUGCACGUUUCGUUCAUUUUUGUGCAGCCCCAUCAUCAAUGGUUUGAGUGACUAACGAACGAACUAUUUGCGCUGAAGUGUGCGAAGUAGAACGAUGAGAACAAGACAUUAGUGUUUUGACACCUAUUCGUGUAUAAAGACUGUAAGUGAAAAACAGCAACUUUGUCUCUCGUCGUUAUAUAUGUUAAAUGUACAGUGCCGGAUUAACGGGAAAUCUAAGGGUUGGCGGGGCAAUAGUUCCGGGCUCCGUCAUAAUUCAUUUACUUUGUUCAAAAAUAUUGAAUGCAAUGUUUUUUUUAUUGCUACUGUUUUUCUUUACAAUUAAAUGUUACUUAAUUUUAUUUAAAAUAAAUUUUAAUUUUUGAACCAAAUUUAUCAACAAAGGAGGGCCCUCGAAAGUUUCAUAGCCCCGUGCCCAAGAAACCUUAAUCCGGUCCUGAAUAUAUAAAAAUGCAAUCAUCAUAUUGCGACAUGAUCAUUUGUCGAACGACAGACCACGUUAACGACCGACCAAACGAAGUAUCGUUCAAUUACGUCGUAGUGCUCGAAAUCAGAAGAUACUGAUAAAUAUUUCAUCCCAGCAUUAUUUUGAUAACGUUAAGCGUUUGUUUUUUUAACCCUGAUUACCAGCUGGUCCAAGCGGAGUCAGCGGCGCUGAUAAUUGCAAUAUAAUACAGAAACGAACGAGGAUAUUAAAGAUUAUUAAUAUAUUGUUAAAGCGACGUUUAUAGAUAUAUCCAGAUAUUUUGUAACAGUUUUGAAGUACAGAGAUGUGUAUAUGCUAUUCGUAAAUUGUAUAUAAGCGGCGUCAGUAUUGGUGGUGAGUGUGUCUCGAUGACGAGUCAUUUUUAUCCAUUCUUCGAGCUGUUCGAAGAUUCUUAAUUGUAAAUAUUUAUAUAUUUUAUCACGGUGUUUGCAUGGUAAUCAUGUCUAUAGCUUCCUAUAUUUUCUUUUUUUAUUUUUGGUCGCUAUUAUGACCUCUUUUAUAAUUUUAUAUACUGCUGUUUUAACGCGUUCGCUGUCGGCGGCUCCGAACGGAGUCGAUCGGCAGUGUUCGGCAGUAUUCGGUUAUGUUUGGCAGUGUUCGACAGCGUUCGACAGUGUUCGGCAUCCUUCGUCGUCGCGCGCCGACAACGAACGUGUUAACCGUCUUGUUUUAUUUUGUAGUGUUUUAAUUUUUAUUCUGGGGCAAACUACUAUCGUUAUUUUUCAAUGUAUUAAUAACAUUAAAUACAGUAGAUAAUAUAGUCGCGAUGAAAUAUAAUUUUUAAAAGGAUCCCUUUGUUAAAGAAGGUAUUCUUUAAUUUAGACGCAUUGUAACCACCAUUAUUGAGGCCCCCGAUAUUUACACACAUAUUUACUCGAUACACAAUGAAAGCCUUUUCUAGUUAUUCUAUGUACAUAUUACGUAUCGAAAUGAUGUCGACUUCUAUUCUGGUUAACGAGAGAAACGAUAUUCUUUCACGCGUUUAGAGCAAUGACGUUAUUAAGAUUUAUGAACACGGUUAUAUCACUGGCAACACAAAUUAAAAUAUUUUAAUUGUUACGAAAGCUCGAACCUGUUGUUGAAUAUACGAGAUGUUUCAUUAAUUCUUUUCAACAAAAUCUUCACUGCAGGAAUCUUUUAUAUUAUGAGGGGAAUCUGAUUUUGCUCCUAAUAAUGUAAUUUUGAGGCUUAUUUUAAAUUGUAAAUAAAGAAAUAUUUUUUUCCAUGUUUUAAUUAAUGUAGAUAAUUAUUUAUAUAGAAUAUUUCAUACAUAAACAGUUAUAGUAAAAUUGGAUUGUUUUUUAUAAUUGGAAAAUAAAUAAUAUUAUGUUUUGUAAUCCUCUUAAGCCCAGAAAUUUUAAGAGAUAUAAAUUGUUUUUAAAAUAAAGUAGAUAUUUAAAUAAAAAAAUAACAUGCAGGAAGAUACGAACUGAAUAUUAAAAUUGAGAUUUGAUAAUAACAUUAUUUGAGUUUUUUGAAUUAUACUUUUAUUUAUAUUCUGUAGAGCACAAAAUUCCAUCUCUUUUUCGUAUAAAAGAUUUCAUAUAAGAAUUUUGCAACAGAAUUACUGAAACGUUCUCCAUAAAUGCAAUUUCUACGUGCGAAAAAUUCGUAUAACAAAAGCAAUUUAUAUUAUUAAUCAUUGUUAAUUCAUGAAUCGUACAUUACACAUGAUAAGAGUGUCAUCAAACAAGACAAAAUUCUGUUACUCAUUAAAUCAUAAAUUCUAUUUUAGAAAUUCUAUCAGAUGUACAAAUUAAUUCGAUGCCUUUUUUCAAUUGAAAAAGUUAUUUUUAAAAAGUCAACGUAACUUAUUCUCUUACAACACUUAUAGUAGCAUUUCAAAUUAACAAAAUGUGUAGAAAAAUAAAAAAUUUAAAUUUACAAUAAUAAUUCAGAAAGCGUAAUGUUAAUGACAUCGAAUUCAUUUGUACAAUAUUGAGCAAAGUUGACCUCUCUAGAGAAAAUGGCGAUAUAAGCAAAAGUUAGAAUAUUAUAAAGAUUAAUACAGAAUUAAGUAAUAUAAGUAAUACAAUAAAUAUCCAUUCAAAUUAUCCCACAUAAACGUUUAUAUGCAAGUGAUGGGGGCCAUAGGCCUGUAUACAUGCGAUCUCUCCCAUAUCGUCAGUUUCCUCGGCAACGCCGGAGGGGUAGGCUGGGAGCCCGCCGAAAGAGAAACCUACACGGAUUGGUGGGAAUUUGGGGAUGUGGAAAGUGGGGGAAGCCUACGGGUGGAGGCGGAGCCUCCGACUUCGCCAUUUUCUGUGGGGAAGCCCACCAUGCUCGGUAUUGUACACCUAAUAUUACAGUGGCUACUUUGGAUGUCACAUUAUAACGAGAGAUGAUGCACUGACGAUGAGCUACAGCGUGAGCGAACUAUUUUUGUUAACGUUUCAAAAGUUAUUGUCGUCACCGCGUGCGUAAGAUUCUCUCAAGGGUAGCGGGUCGGAAUUUCACGUAAAACGUAUAAUUUCGUGGCGGAGAAUUGAUUUUCAUGGCAGCUACGACAUUCGAGGGAAUCUUACGUCAUCGAGGAACUGAAACAUUGUGUCACGUUGGUCUCGAACGUAGAAACAAUUUGACACCGUGCCAUUUUUCUUGGCUCGACUCGUCAUUGAACAGCAUCAGAGCGUAGGCUUUUUAGAUAUUUAUUUUUGUACCAAUCGAAAAAUUCUUUUUUUAAACGCAAGUCAGAGUGAGAGAUACGAUAUCAGUUUCAUUAUAAAAAGUAGCGAAAGUAAUAAAUAGAUAAAAAUAAAAAUGGUAAAAUAAUGGUACGUAUACAUUCAACUGUUAACUCCCAAAGGAUUAAAUUAUAUUUACUUUUUAUUUUAAUUUUUAAAUUAAAAUUUUUUUUAAAUAAACUGUUUCUACGUUCGUGGACACGAAGGAAAAUGAUAAUUGUAUCGAAUAGUAUAAUUUUAUAUGUAAUGUACACGUAAGCAUACGUUGCACCUCUAGUCCAUAGAGCCGUGAGCUUUCGUCCAAUUACCAAGCCUUUUGCAGUUUCUAAAAAAAAAAAAUUAACGAACGAAUUGAAAUCUAUAUUGUUAAAGUGUUAAAAAGCGCGAAAGACUGCAUGUGUGUAUGUGUUUAUUUGAUUUGUGUGAAUGAAAUUACGAGAGCGAACGAAUGAAAGGGCCUGGAGAUACGUAUCGAUAAAUCUCUAUGUCCAAUCUAUAAGAAUUAUUUUUAUUUUAUAUUCUUUGUUCCUUUCCUUUUCUAUCGGGAGAAAAGGAAAAAUUUGCUUGUUUUUUUUCUUUUUUGUUUUCGUUUAAUUUCGGCUGUGAAACGAAUGGAUAACAAUUAGUAAUGGGCAGCCUUUGAAUUAGAAAUUAUCUUUGCAAAUUAACAUCGUUGUUUGCUGU